AUGGGAAAGACAAAGAAGAAUGUAAAUGAGAUGAAUGAGGAUGAGAUAAAGAAGGCAUUCGCUCAGGGAAAGAUCCAAAGGAAGAAGAUCGAUGAUGAUGUACAACAGUUCUUGGAUGACACUGCCAACAAUCGUUUGGACAAGAUCACUGAGGUCUUGCAAGAUGAUGAAAAGAAGGCAAAGCUACUCAAUCAACACGAUGCCAACAGACGUACAGCACUUCACUUUGCCUGUCACAAUGGAAACAUCGAGACAUUCGACCUCUUGAUCAAUGCCAAGCCAGACCUAAACCAACAAGACUUUGAUAACUAUACUCCUUUGAUGUUGGCCAUUAAGAUGGGCAAUACAAAGUUGGCAGAGAGAUUGAUUCAACUAGGUGCACAAUUGGACUUGACAAACAAGGAUGGCUUCACUGCUGUGCAGUUGGCCGUUCUUAGUGGUGAGACUGAUAUUGUUAGACUGUUGCUUCAGAGAGGUGCUGAAGUGUCAACAGAGAGCACAGAGUCUGGUUGUAUCCUACAUGCUGCAUGUGGUAUCAAGAAGGAGGACCUCGAGAUCAUCGAUAUGUUGGUCUCAAAGUAUCCAAAGUUAUUGUCCGUUAUGGAUGGCAAUGAAAUGACACCAUUGCAUAUUGCUAUCGCAUAUGGAAACACAGAUCUUGCUAAAGAACUUAUCAAAUUGGGUGCAAAUGUUAAUGCUGUUGCAGUUGGUGGAUGUACUCCACUGCAUAUCUGUGUGGACUCUGGCAAUGUGGAGGUGAUUAAGGCUUUGAUUGAGAAUGGCGCCACUUUGAAACUCGAUAUGCAUGGCGAGACACCAUUGCUGAUGGCACAAAACUCAAAGAACAAGACAUUGGAGCAGCUGUUGGAGUCUGUCAAGUUGGACCCAACACCCUACAAGCCAAAGCCGUCGGCCAAGGGUGGAAAGAAGGCAAGCGAGCCCAAGGUCAGUGCCGAGGACCUAAAGGAGAAUGGAAACAAGGCGUUCAGAAAUGGCGACUAUGACAUUGCGCUCAACUGGUAUCAGCUGGCGGGCAGCGUUGAGGAUGUCACCAGCGAGAUGAAUCCCGGAGUCAAGAAGCAAUCAAUCGCGCAUGUCCUUUUCAGCAACAAGUCAGCCUGCCACCUUCAUCUGAAGAACUAUCAACAGGCACUGGCCGAUGCCGAGGAGACCAUCAAGCUGGCUCCCAAUUGGCCCAAGGGUUACCUGCGCAAGGCAGGUGCAUUGGAGGCUCUGGGCAGACAAGAAGAGGCCCAAGAGGCCAAGGACAAAAUGACGGCAUUGGAGUCAUCUGCAAAGAACUAA